AUGCCCAAGCGUCCGCGCUCGUUCAGACGCCCCGAAGACUUCACCAAGAGUGAUUCCGACGACGGAGACUACGACGACGCGCAUGUGCGCUCGUCUCCCAAGAAAGCGAGAAGCGCCCGCGUCAAAAAGUCAAAGUCGCAGCCCUCGCGCAAACGCCAAAGAAGAGACGACUACGGUAGUGACGGAGUUGUCGACGAUAGCGACGAUAACGACGAGGGUUCGUUCGACGAAGAUAGUAUUGAGGAAAGCUCUGGCUCGGAGGCCGAGGAGGAUUCGCCCGGCCCCGGCAGGCGCAAGCAACGCAAGGCUGCUCGUGUCCCUGUUCAGUACGCCGAAUCCGACGAAGACGCUGAAGGAAGCGACGACGCCAUCGCGCGCCUACCAUCGCCACCGGUCACACGUUCGUUCGUCAUCAAGCUUAAAGUCGCGCCAGAAAAGCUGGAAAUUCUUCGGGACUCGGGAACAAUGAACAAUCCUCGUAGAUCAACAAGGGCGAAUAGUGCCAGAGUAUCGGUUCGCGGUACUACACCUGCCGAAGGCUUUGGCAUGUCGACCAGACGCAGUAGUCGCACUUCGCAACAACAAGAACCGUUGGUCGCCCUUGGUGAUUCUGGCAAGCAUGCUCAUGCACAAGGCGCUCGUCAGACAUCCUUCACGCCCGAUCCUCAAAUGCAAUCAGCUAGAAGUACAAGGAGCAAAGGUCUUAAAAAGCCGCCACCUACUGUCAGCGCAAUCAUGGAGGUGUCUCAAGAAGAAAUCCCUGCCUCUCAGGAUUAUGGUGAAGUUCCCGAGUCCUUUGACAGAGAGUUGCGCGAAUAUGCCGAUCCCGCACCCAAGGAGGAAGAGGAAGACGCACUAGCCGAGGCCGCCUCUCCUUUCGUCUCGGACGUGCGCAUGGAGGAACCAGAGCCAGCUGAAGAUGAUGUCGAUGCCGAAGGAGAAGAAGAUGACGACGAAGAUGAGGGUCCAAUUAACAAGAACAAGCGCAAACUGAGGUCACAGCAGAAGACCGAAAGUCCACCACAGCGUGGUCGUGAGCAACGACGACUGCGGCCGCGAACGCGUAAAUCUCAGGGCGAAGCUAGCAGCGACUUUGAACCUCCAGUUUCUGGUGGUGAAGAAGUUUCCAGCGCCGACGAACUGCAGGACUCACCUAAGAAGAACCAAAAGAGUGACAACGACUCAAGUAGUGGUGGUGGUCGUCUUAGACGCUCUCGACGUACAGCUACCAAGCGUUCGCGUGAAUCUUCUUCAGAGGAACACGUCGACCCCGACGAAGUCGCUGACGAAGCUGAUGAUCUGCGUGAAGACAGGCGUCGCAACAAACGCCCUCGUCGUAACAGACACAAUGACAUUAUCUUUGAGGGCACAACUCUGCGCAACAGAAGCAAUCGACCUGACUACCGCAUCUUCCGACCUGAAAUACAUCAAGCAGACGAGGAAGAAGCAGUAGCACCUGCGACAUCCCAGCGAGCUCGCCGUGCAGCUGGGCCUUGGAGAUCUCUGUUCUCGACCUUGGGUCCUUUCGGUGGCGCUGGCGGUCCUGCGCCUGUCUUUGGUGGUGAAGGGGCAGAAGCUGCUGGCGGAGCCGACUCUGACAGCAGUGACGACGACAUGCCUCAGAAGAUGCCUCGCGCGAGCGUUGGAGGCGCUGUAGGCAUGACACCAACCGCUGGUGCGGCACCCGGCCUCUUCCCACAAAGUCACAACGCCGAUGCUGGCGCAUCGAAUGCUGGUGGUCUAUCCAACUUUGGAAAAGUCAAAGACAAGAAGGCUUUGGCCGAUGCCGACCCAUUGGGCGUCGAUCCGAAUGUCAACUUCGACGGUGUGGGAGGUCUCGAAGACCACAUUGACAGACUCAAAGAAAUGGUCCAGCUUCCACUCAUGUAUCCAGAGAUCUUCCAGACGUUCAAGGUCACUCCACCUCGUGGUGUCUUGUUCCAUGGACCUCCCGGAACCGGUAAAACACUGCUUGCCAGAGCAUUGGCUUCUAGUGUCAGCGCUCACGGAAAGAAGGUCACGUUCUACAUGCGCAAAGGUGCUGAUGCACUCAGUAAAUGGGUCGGCGAGGCUGAAAGACAGUUGAGAUUGCUCUUCGAAGAGGCAAGAAAGACACAACCUAGUAUCAUCUUCUUCGAUGAGAUUGAUGGUCUUGCGCCUGUCCGUUCAAGCAAGCAGGAGCAGAUUCAUGCAUCAAUUGUUGCCACUCUUCUUGCGCUCAUGGAUGGUAUGGACGGUCGUGGUCAAGUCAUUGUGAUUGGUGCGACCAAUCGUCCCGACUCAGUCGAUCCUGCCCUACGUCGUCCAGGUCGUUUCGACAGAGAGUUUUAUUUCCCGCUUCCCAACAUCAAGGCUCGUCGCGCAAUAUUGGACAUCCACACUAAAGGAUGGGAACCGCCAUUGAAACCAGAAUUCAAGGAUCAACUUGCAGCUUUGACCAAAGGGUACGGUGGUGCAGACCUUCGUUCGCUGUGCACAGAAGCUGCCCUGAACGCAGUGCAAGGCACCUUCCCUCAAAUCUACUCCAGCAACAAGAAAUUGCUUAUUGACCCCUCGCAAAUCAGAGUUCAAGCCAAGGACUUUAUGAUCUCUGUCAAUAAGAUCGUGCCUUCCUCUGAGCGGUCUGCGGCUUCGGGUGCUUCAGCUCUGAAACCCCACGUUGAGCCUCUACUGAGGGACGCGCUUGCCAAAGUGUCGGCCAUUCUUGACGAUAUCAUACCUCAAAAGAAGCCGACAACUGCAUUGGAAGAGGCAAUGUACGAUGAUCGCAAUGACGAGCAUGGCUUCGAGAAAGAGAACUUGCAGCGAGAAUUCGAAAGUUCGAGGAUCAAUCGCCCAAGAUUGCUCAUCAGCGGUCUAGAAGGCAUGGGUCAGCAAUACAUCAGCGCCGCAUUGCUGGCCAAGUUUGAAGGACUUCAUGUACAAUCCUUUGACAUGUCAACAUUGCUCAAGGACUCAACAAGGGAGGUGAAGCGCCACAAACCUAGUGUCAUUUAUCUUCCCAGCAUUGAUGUCUGGUAUGAAACAAUGGGCCAGCAGGUCAUAAAGACCUUCAAUGGUCUCUUGAGGACUUUGGCACCCACAGAUCCUGUGUUGGUGCUUGGUGUGAUGGAACUCAGAUCUAACGAGUCAAGCCCCAAUCAUGAGAUGAUGAGGGAGCUGUUCAGUCGCUCAAGAAAGAACUAUUUUGUCUUGGAAAGACCUGGAGAAAUGGCUCGCAGAGAGUUCUUCAGCAAGGCAAUGAACUACAUCGGACAGUCACCCGCAGAGUUUCCUCAAACGGAAAACCGUAAGAAGCGCAUCUUGCCAGCCCUGCCUGAGGCACCUAUCCUGGAGGAACAACCAAAGGCACCAAGCAAGGCCGAGCUCAAGGCGCAGAAGAAGAAGGAUCGCUUCACACUGAACAACCUCAAACUGCUCAUUCAACCAGUCAUGGAUCAGAUCAAGCUGAAGUACAAGAAGUUCAGGACCCCGGUUGUAGACGAAAGUCUUAUCGGUUACCUUUACGACGAGCAAGACCCAAGCGUUGUCACCACUGAUCUGGAUCGUGCCGAGGCACAACAGUUCAGACCCUACGAGAUCUCCAAAGAUGCAAAGGGUACUACUGUUCUGCACGAAACUGCAACCGGCAAACAAUACUACAACCUGGAGAUUGUCACCAUCGAGAAGCGUCUGUCAAACGGAUACUACAAGCGGCCGAAAGAUUUCCUCACAGACAUCAGAGCACUUGCAAAGGACGCAAAGACCAGUGGCGAUCAAGAACGCACACUCAAGGCAAACGAGAUGCUUGCAAACGUUGAAGUCGACAUGAUGAACCUCGAAGCGAUAAACCCUGUACUGGUUGCUGAGUGUGAGGCUGUAUACAACCGCGAGCUAGUUCGUGAAAAAGAGCAAAUCGAGACAGCCAAGGAAGACGGGCAUGAGGUGCCUAUCAUCAGGCCAAACGUGCCACCCGACGUGUCCAACACUGUUACCGAGCAGUCUACUGGACCGGUCCAUCUUGGAGAAGAUGUGCCUGGACCACGAAUGUUGCAUCCUUUCACACCAGCCAAGCCUCUGGGGCCUAGUCCUCUGUCCAAUGGCUACACAAAUGGCUCUAGUGUUCCUUCAGGAGCACAUGACGAGCCCGAGAUGCCCGACAGUCAGGACAACUCUCUGAUGAACCCUCAGGAACGAGCUGGGUUCGUUCAACCUUACGCAACUCCAUCAGCACAAGGCACACAAUCAUACCACACACAUACUCAGACUGGCGCAUUGACUCGCAUGUUUCCAGGUUCGGCACACCAGGAUUACUAUAACAGCGCAUCUUCAACCAGCUCGGGCCAAAAGACGAGUAACCAUAGUCAUAGGAGCAGUGCACCUUUCUCGGUCAUUACCAAUGCUUCAUCCAAUGGUGUGCGUAACGAAGACGCUCCAGACUUCAGUGCCUUGCCCCAUCUCGAGGGUGGUAGCCAACUGCCUAACACGCAGCCACCGGACAUGUACAGUUCGCAGCAAUCACAGCUAUCGCAAAGAGCUAUGGGACCACCACCACCGAGCAGCCAACCUCACCACCACACAUUCACAGUUCAGGCAUUGCUGAACGAGCCGCAACUCAUCCUGGCGGAUCCGGGUCUCUUGAAGAGUCUUGACGACCAAAUGGUACGCAAGUCGAGCGGAUUGAAUGUCGAGCAGCUUGAGCAGGUCAUGGCAAACAUCAUGGACGCCAUCUGGAGGACAAAGGGCGACUGGAAUCGCAACCAUGCUGCCUCUGCAGUAUCUGACACUUUCAACGAGACUAUCCGAGAUAUUGAGGAGUGCCAGGCCAUUUUGGCACCCAGCCAAGACGAGUAA